AUGGACGUGCUUGCGAGCCAGGAUCUGAAUCCAGGAUCGUCCCGCCAGCAUGGCUCUAAGCAGAACGAAGCCAGCGAUCCUGUCGAGGAGGAGCCGCCACCGCCGCCGCAUUCGAAACGCACUCUGAAAGACUUUACGGUCGAGCGGACCCUUGGCAAGGGCGCCUUUGCACGAGUGCACCUGGUGCGAUCCAAGGAAACGGCGACGCUGUAUGCGAUGAAGUGCAUGCGAAAGGACCGUGUCCUCAAGACCCACCAGGUCGAGAAUGUGAUCAACGAGAGGAACCUCAUGGCCCGACUCCGGUGUCCCUUCUUGGUGCCGUUCAUCGAGAGCUUCCAGGACAACGAGCACCUGUACAUCUUGGUCGAGUUCCUGGCGGGCGGCGACCUGUUCCACCUGCUGAGGCACCGACAGAUGUUUGACGAAGAAACGACCCAGUUCUAUGGCUGCCAAGUGCUCUUGGCCCUGCACUACCUCCAUCGCCACAAGAUUGUCUUCCGAGACCUCAAGCCCGAGAACAUCCUCCUGACGGCCGAGGGCAACGCCAAGCUCGGGGACUUUGGCUUUGCCAAGAUCAUCGAGGGCACCACAACGACCUUUUGCGGGACGCCAAGUUACAUCCCACCGGAGAUGCUGCAGCGCAAGCCAUACGGAUUCAUGGUGGACUGGUGGGGCUACGGAGUGCUGCUGUUUGAGAUGGCGAGCGGAUGCAGCCCCUUCCAGAGCUGGACCUGCCAAAAGACGUACGAGCGCAUCUUGUCCGGCAAGAUCCAGUGGCCCCCGCCAGACCGCGGCCAGUGCUUCUCGGACAAUCUCUUGGAUCUGAUCAUCAAGCUCCUGGUGCUGGAUCCGCGCCGCCGGGUGGGAUACAAGGGCGACGGCGAUGAGGUUCGGCGGCACCGCUGGUUUGCUGGGGUGGACUGGCGAAGCGUCAACGAGCGCAAGAUCACCCCGCCCGAUAUCAGCAGCGAUCGCCGGCUGUCACGCAUUGGCGACUCGGUGGCCGGGGCACCGAGUCUCGGAAUCCGGCUCAGCGAGUCCUCGGUGGCCGCCCGGAAGAGCACAAUGGAGAUUGCCUUUGAGGAUUUCUGA